CCGAGAAGCAGCCUAGAGGUGAGUAGAGGACGGUCCGUCGACGAGGUGUGGGGAUUUGCUUCAGAAGGGUGGCCAGCUAUCGUUAACAGCAGACGAAGAGCGAGAGCACCUGCAGCAGACCGACAGACAAACGGUGACACCGAGCCAUGGUGAAGAUCAGCUUCCAGUCUGUCGCGGGACAGAAAGUGGAGAAGGAGAGCGAUGGCGACAAGACCGAAAUUCUCAUUCCUCAUCCGAUGGAUGAGGAGGAGCUGGUCCUGCCACUGCGGCCCAAAAAGUCUCCCCUCAAUGGCCUGUGCUGCCUGACGUUUGGCCUGGUUGUCUUCAUGGCCGGUCUGGUCCUUGCCUCCAUUUAUGUCUACCGCUACUACUUUAUACCUCAUAUCCCAGAGGAGAACCUGUUCCACUGCAGGGUGCUUUACGAAGACUCUGUGUAUGCCCCGCUCCGUGGGCGUCAGGAGCUGGAGGAAAAUGUCGGCAUUUACUUGGCUGACAACUAUGAGAAGAUUACUGUGCCCGUGCCUCACUUCGGAGGCGGCGACCCCGCUGAUAUAAUCCAUGACUUCCACAGAGGACUGACUGCCUACCAUGACAUUGCUCUGGACAAGUGCUACGUUAUUGAGCUCAACACCACCAUCGUGAUGCCUCCACGCAACCUUUGGGAGCUACUUAUCAACGUCAAGAAGGGAACAUACUUGCCUCAGACCUACAUCAUCCAUGAAGAGAUGGUGGUGACUGGCAAAGUGCACAAUAUGCGUCAGCUGGGACCCUUCAUCUACCGCCUGUGCAAUGGGAAGGACACUUACCGCCUGAACCGCCGUGUCACCCACAGACGCAUCAACAAGCGCGAGGCGAAGGACUGCCACCACAUCCGUCACUUUGAGAAUAAAUUCGUGGUGGAGACGAUUAUCUGCGAUGAAGCGUAAAAACGACUGUCACCCGUGUCAUCCCACCCACCCAAAGGCACAUCUCCAGUCACUACCCCAGCCACUGUAGCAUCCUUCUGUGGAUCUGCUCAUGUCUCAGUUGCACUUUACUUGUGAUUUAGGUUUGAUGUCCUUUUGUAACAUAAGUUGUUUUUUUCUCUAUCUGCCUGUUUUUUCUUUUUUCGUUCUAUUCGGUUUCUGAUGUAUGAUGCAAUACUAAGUUGUUGGUUCUAUCACAGGAUUUUCCUUGUAGCAAAGUCCUUUAGCCAGUAAUGAAUUAUACUUUCAAGACCUCUCCUCUUCCUCUGAGAAUUUGUCUGUUGUUUACUGUCAUUGGGGAAGAUGACUGUUUCUAUGUGUUGUCAAGGUGACUGUGUCACUGUUUUUCCACCUGCCCUGGAGGUUACUUUGUGUCUCCUAGUUCUACUAACAGUCAUCUGUGCAAAGCAUGAAGCCGUGCUUUCAUGAGCAAACAUUAUCCAUAGAUUUCAGGGUUUUUUUCUCAUGUUCUCUGUAAUGUAAACAUGUAAUAACUGCUGACGACUAGUUGCUUGCAUUUUUAUCCUCUUGCCUGCCAGUUGCUUCCUUGCCGCUUUCUGCUUUUCAUUUCCUACUUAACAUUAUUACACAAUAGAAGUUAGAAAAGGUCGCAUUAGGCAUUUAAACUGCAUUCACUUUUUCGUAUAAUAUUGCAUCAUAAUUGAAACUGGUGAAGACGGAUAGUUAUUUUUGAUGUUCUCAUUUGUCAUCAGCUUUUCUCUUUUAUUGUCAUAAUCAUCAAGUUUUUUUGCGCUGUCUUCAUCAAAGCCUUCGUGAAUCAUCUUAAAAUAGUGUCUUUGUUUUCCCUUGCAUGUGUUAUCUAUAAGAGAAAAACUGCACUGUUAGAAUGUUUUGUAAAACAACGUUUAAAGCCUUAGUCCAGAGUCAGAGACUGGACUAAAGUUAAUGCUACACAAAGGGAGUAUAUUAUAUGGUAUGUUAGUUAAACAAAACCAACUUUGACCUGUAUAUUUUGUCUGCUGAUGAAAUCUGUCUGAAUAAAUUAGUAAAAAUAA